AUGACUUUCACUUCUUUUAUAAGUUUUCUUCUGAUCAGUUACUUAGUUCAGACAAAGGGCAGAAAUGAUUCAACUUGUCCAAAGUCCUUUUCAUGUGGAAAUCUUACUGACCUGAGCUUUCCUUUCUCUCUUUCCACACAACCCGACUGUGGAAUAAUGUUCUUAUCUGGUUGUGAUACUAAACCAUUUCCAAGAAUACAACUGUUCCCUGAAGGAGAUUGGUACUAUGCUUUAGGAAAUCCGUUUAAUUAUACAGUUGAGCUGGGGGACCCCAAGCUUCAUGCCGAGUUGAUGCAACACAAGUGCCAGGCUUUUAACAAAUAUUUCUUCUUACCAAACUCUCCUUCUAUUUCUUUUGAAAUCGUCCCAAUGAAUUUUGUCAACUUCUUCAAAUGCAAUAGCACUAGUAAGAGCACCCCAAACAUUACCCAGAAGAAGAAUGAUCAUUUUGCUGGUUAUAAAAUGUACAAUGGCUGUAAAGGUUUUAGCAUAUACUACAAGCUUCCUGGAGAUGAUGAUGAUGAAGACGUUCGAGCAGGCAAUCUUCCUGCCAACUGUUCACUUAUCAGAUUGCCAAUCCGCUCGAUUUCAGAUGAUGUUGGUUUGUUCAAUAUGUUAAGCCCCGCUUUUCUAGUAGAAUAUAAACUGUCUGAGGGCUGUUACCGAUGUCACUAUGGCGGAGGUCAAUGCCGGACUGAUAUAGCCAACAAAUUUCAUUGUACAUAUCCAAAUAAUCCACAAGCUCAAGGUCAUCAAGAAAAUAAUCCACAUGCUCAAGAUGCAAUAACGACUAGAAGAAAGUUCGGACUGACUCUGGGAGCAGGUACAGGUUUAUUAACUGUUGGACUGUUGAUUCUACUUUUCUACUUCAGAGAAAAGAUCAUGCGGUACAAGUGCCUCAGGUUUUCGGAAUCUAAUGCUGAGGAUAACCAAAAAGUUGAAGCAUUCUUAAAGAACUAUAGUUCAUACGCUCCAAACAGAUACAAUUAUACAGACAUCAAAAGAAUCACCGGUCACUUCAGAAGCAAACUAGGCCAAGGAGGAUUUGGUAAUGUAUACAGAGGAAGUUUGUGUAACGGGAGUCAAGUGGCAGUGAAGGUCCUGAAUAAACUAAAAGGCAGUGGUGAAGAUUUCAUUAAUGAGGUAGCAGGUAUUAGCAGAACAUCGCAUGUUAACAUCGUGAGCCUUGUGGGAUUUUGUUUUGAGGGUCACAAAAGAGCUCUCGUAUAUGAGUUCAUGCCAAAUGGAUCUCUUGAAAAAUUUAUCUAUGAGGAAAGAUCUGACAGUGUUCGUCGAUUGGGUUGGCCAAUACUGUACAAAAUUGCACUAGGCAUUGCUCGAGGAUUGGAGUACUUGCAUCGUGGUUGUACCACUCGGAUUUUGCAUUUUGAUAUAAAGCCUCAUAAUAUCCUGCUUGAUGAAGAUUUUUGUCAGAAGAUCUCUGACUUUGGUCUUGCCAAACUGUGCAUGAAACAGGAGAGUAUCGUGUCAAUGUUAGGUGCACGAGGAACUAUCGGUUAUAUUGCUCCAGAAAUUGUUUGCAGAAACUUGGGAGGUGUCUCUCACAAGUCUGACGUCUAUAGCUACGGAAUGAUGGUCCUAGAGAUGGUAGGAGGAAGAAAAAAUGUUGAUGUUGGAGUUGAUCGUACGAGUGAAAUCUACUUUCCACAUUGGCUAUAUCGACGAAUAGAGCUUGACGAAGAGCUUCAAUUAAUUGGGAUAAUGAAUGAAGAGGAGAAAGAAUGUGCAAGAAAGACGGUGAUGGCGAGUUUGUGGUGCAUACAGACUGAUCCCUCAAGUUGACCAUCGAUGAGCAAGGUUGUGGAAAUGUUAGAAGGGAACCUAGACUUUCUGCAAAUUCCUCCAAAGCCGUACCUAUAUUCUUCCUCAAGAACUGAGGUAAUUUCAUUGGAAGUCGAGCUGGCCUAGUCUUAUUUUGCUGUGAACUUUUAGCAAAAGCUGUAUUUUUCUUCGACAACUGAAUUUAUUACUAGUUUCUCUGUCCUAUUUUAUGAGACACUUUCCUUUGUAAUCUGUUUUCUACUGUAUCCAGUUGAAGUUCAAAUAAUCAAGUACUUCCU